AGGAUGCGAACUUCACCCUCACUGGCGCAGACUUGUCUUGUUCGUCGAAUUGGCAAUUGAUUCAUUCUACUUCUUUACACCUCUUCGACCGAUCUUGAGACUUCGCAACUUACUUGCGCCUGCAUGAGUUCCGCAAUCGCACCCAUCCACGAAAUGACUCCGAGUCGUCCUACAAGUGUGCCGCGUUGAACCCUCAAAUUUAUCGGAGUCGCAAAUAGAUCUGCGCCGCAUCCAGAAAAACAAUGGCACCUCCUCCUCAAACCAUCAUCGAGGACGAGGAGGAGUUCCUCAGAGAUCUUGCCGCCUUCCAUGAACAACGCGGGACUAACUUUGACCGCGAAGGCAAAGUCAGCGGCCGACCGAUCUCUCUUCACAAGCUGUACAAGUUGGUACUAUCUAGAGGAGGUUACGAUAUCCUGUCCGGCGAACGUAUGCAAUGGAGAACUCUGGUCAAAGAAUUCGGAUUUGGCAAAACUCAUGAAGCCGUCAUGACAUUCCAGCUGAAAACUGUCUAUUACAAGAACCUCGCGGCAUACGAGAUCGCGAGAUACUGGGGAGAGGAGCCGCCUCCAAGAGAGAUUCUGGAAGACACAAGUGCAAAAGGAGGAAAUCUCCGGUCGCGGACGCUUGAGAACUAUCCCCAUUCCAAUGCUCAGACGAUUGAGCUCCCAUCAGCCGAAGGCGUCGUUGAAUCUGCAGAUGAGGAACAGGCCACUCCAACCCAGGAGAAGACUGAACUUGAAGAGCCAGGAAGUGGAGGCAGAUAUCCGUCGCGCCAAUUGAGAACAGACCCCAAACGCACGCAGAUGUAUCAGCCAGAUGUUCCACUUACUCGCCCACGAAAUGUUCGAGCUACGGAUUCACCUUCUGCCCCCCCAAUUCCACAACAGCAACCGUAUCUGAACGCUUCGAGUGAUCCUCACAACCCGACUUUUGAUUGGUAUCAACACUAUCAACCACGUCCACCUGUCGCUUUGACCCUGCAGCAGGUCAAGACACCCGGCAGUGACCCCACUUAUCAUGCCCUCAAAGCCCGGGAAAAGCUGCAGUCACUGCCUAAGCCGCCUCCAGAAGAACAACACUUGAGACAGUGCGUCCCGUCUGGUCUAAAUGGCCCAAAUAUCUACCAGCGGUGUCUCUAUGGCCUUCGAUCCGGCAUUGCCGAAGAACAGGAGUUUGCCUUGCAUCAUUUGGUCAAAGUAUCCCAUGAGCGCGGAGACAAAUACAAGUUCGAAGGUUUCCCCUUUCUUGCCGAAUCCCUGCUUGAGAAAGCACUCGAAAUCACAGAGCUCAUCUAUGGUGUGAAAUGGGAAAUCACCUACGAUGAAGACGACGAGGCAUCUCCUGUCAAUACUCUGAACGCCGCUUUCGGUACCACAAAUCUGCUGGACCGCAUCCAGGUCUUCUCGACCAAUGUAACGGAGGAAGAUUUGGAGGAUGCUGUUUUCUCACAAAGACUUGAGAGACUGAAAGAGACUGCUCUGGUCCUGCGCAACAUGGUCACGCUGGACGAAAACGCUGUUUUCCUGGCCAAGUUUCCACUUUUCAAGGACAUCCUCACCAUUGCAAUCACUCUACCAGAUCAACCUCGACUCGCUGAAUUCAAACAGUCGGCCAUGGAAAUAUUGGAGCACGUUACACGAUACUGGGCACUGGCCCCCAAGGAUUCUCUGUAUCUUUCUCUGAUCCCGUACCUCGAGUCUGCCGACCGAGGUAUGCUGAUCUCUGCAAUCCGUUCCAUAAACAGAAUCGGCAUCGACACACCGGAAGUCCAUCGAUUGACAGACAUACCAGUGACCAGCAUCGAACGAUUGUUUUCCUUUGUUCUACUCGAUUCUGACGACGAACUUCGCGAAGCCACCUUAGACUUCCUGUACGAAUACACAGCCAUACCGGAAAACAACACGGAGCUGCUCACGAAGAACUCUCCCCUUCUUCCCAAGAUGACCGGUCGACUAACUGUUCUUCUCUUACAUCGGUCGCUGACCCGCGAAGAAUCAAUCAUAGCGAGGCAAGCCACAAAAAUGACAGCCAGCCCUACCUCAAUCCCCAACAUCCCACCCGAGCUUCAUGCUCAGCUCCUACAAUAUUCCGAACCCGACCGCUCUUCAAGGUGGCUACGGUGCUGCUUCGAGGAAUCACGCGACGACGACAUCACACAAAUUGCCAUCUGGCAAGCCUAUCAGUCGAAAUUCUUGCAGAACAAUCCCAUACCUGCUGCUGAUUUCAUUAAGAACGUCUCGCACACAUUCACCACGGCGCAGGCGCAAGUCAUCAACGGUCCCCAGCCGAGAUUCAUUAUCAAGGGUAUCAAAGCACGCAGAGUCUUAGUUGACCUCCAGGGUCGGCCUCUAUACAAGUGUUUGUGGGAGAUCGCUCGGCCCGACGUGAUGAACCCCGCGGCCCGUCUCGCUCAGCAACACAUCUGUAGCGAGUGGAUCACCAGCCGCGAAAAGCUGUUCAGCCACGUUAUAGGAAACCAUGUCGGAACCAGCACGACCGGCGGCCGCAUUCCAGAGAAAGGCCUUAACAACUGGCCCUGUCGAUGGACGCAAUGCAAACACCGAACGCAGUUUACUAGUGUCCGUGAAUUCGCAAGACAUCUCUGUAUGCAUAUUCCCGAGUCAGCAGAGGCCAUGACCAAGCUCAUACAAGAAUUGGCCCAUGACGUGAAAGAGACCGAACCAGUGCAGAUGAAGCAUGCUUAUCAUUAUACGGCUAUCGACCAGACCGCUCAUCCUUGUGGCAUUCCCUGGAUGAGUGUCAUGAUCAUGCGGAAUCUGGCAAGAUAUGCGAACCGGUACGGCCAAGCUUUCGAGAAGGAUGGCGUGAAGCUUAAUGAGAAACUGUUUGGCAAUCAUAAGUAUGCUCUCUUCAACAAUCUGGGCUUGAACCGAGUCUUGAGGGACUUGAUUGUCGAUUUGAUCGAUCUGAUAGAAAAGAGUGAGCGGGAGCAAAAGAAACGUGGAGUAAAGAGAGAACAUGAAGAAGAAGACGAAGAGGUACCUGCUUGAAAGGACCGGAGAAAGUGUUGAAAGGGGCGGUGUCGGCACUGUCUUCUGUCUUCGAGAAGACGCGGUGGUAUUCGAGGCGAUUGUGGCCGGGCUUUCUAUGGUUUAGACACCUUUCAUUUCACACUUGUAUGAUUUGAUGAGGGCUUGUUGGCAGCGUGGCGCUAUUGGGCUCGGCUUCACGAGCUGGUUGAGGGCAAGCAUGGACCUGAGAUCCGUCAGGCGCAAUCCGGGCUUUAUGGGUCUCUAUUGUAUCCCUAGUAUGAUGGAAUUGAUACCACAUGUUUUGCGGUCAGUCAUAGACAUUCAUGUUGCAGCAUCACCAGGGCUCUAGAUCAACAUCUACAGCAUACACUGGCUUCAACACUGCAAAUGGACUUGCAAUUGUUUAAUGGA